AUGAUAACGGUCAGCGUAACCGUCGAGAAUGCUAACAAUUGGAAAGGCAUCUGGAAUGGUAUCAGCUCUGAUGGAAACGUGAGGGUCGGGGGCUAUGAAUGCAGCUUUAUGAACGCACUUAACGGCUUCAGACCUUUGAGUCAGGUCCACUGCAGGCUUGAGAUUCCAACACGACUCGCAGUCAAUGCUGACGGUCAGAUCGGACCCAUCGCCAUCUACUUUCGACAGGACCUGAGCGCGACAGCAGACGCGUGGGUGGUGCUGUGCGGGCAGAACUACCAGGAGGGCAAGUUCUUCUUCAACGGCGUGGAGUAUGAUCAAUCAGCUGGGAGCCUGCCGGACAGCCUUCAGCUCACCAUCAACGACAUGGGCUGGGACCCCGGAAGUAAUUACGGCUACUUCCUUGAGAGCUCGGACUGGGCGUUGAGCGAGGUAGCGAUCUGGCGAGGAGCGUUGCGAGCAGAUGAGCUGAGAGCCGUGUCGAGUCACUUCAUGCAGAAGCUGUCUGCUGGCAGCUCCGCCCCCUACAACCACACCCUCAACGUCUCCUGCGGCAGCUCUACGGCAGCCAUGAAUAAGAUGUCUCCUUACGUGUCAGACCUCGGCUGCUUCUUCAGCUCUCAGGUCUAUCAGUCCACCUGCGACGCGAGCAUGUUCGGAGCAAGUCGGGGAGCUACGGGUCAGCUGGGAACUGCUCGUCUUGUCCCGCCUUCAGCUCGUCGCGAGCUGGAAGCAGCCUGGCGUGUCUAG